GCGGGGCGGGAGGGUGGGCAAGCGCGGGGCAGCGGCCGCCGGGGGAGGGCGUGGAGGGUGGUGCAGCCCACGCUUUUCCGGACAGCCAGGGCCACCCCAGCCGGAGCGGCGGGCGGCGGGCGGCGGGCAUGGCAGAGGCGCGGCUGGGGCCGGCGACGGCCACCGGGCUGCAGCUGAGCGCGCUGCCCGACCACUCUCUGCUGUUGCAGCCCAGCCUGGCCGAGCUGCGGCGCCGGGCGCGGGCCGAGGGCGCUCCGCUCGCGAAGCUGCCGCUCACCGACUCCUUCCUGCUGCGCUUCCUGCGCGCCCGGGACUUCGACCUCGACCUGGCCUGGAGGUUACUGAAAAACUAUUCUAAGUGGAGAGAAGAAUGUCCAGAAAUAAGUGCAGAUCUACACCCUGGUAGUGUUCUUGGCCUCCUGAGGGCAGGCUACCUUGGAGCCCUGAGAGCCAGGGAUCCCACCGGCAGCAGAGUUCUCAUUUACAGAAUCGCAUACUGGGACCCCAAAGUUUUUACAGCUUAUGAUGUAUUCCGUUUAAGUCUAAUCACAUCCGAGCUUAUUGUUCAGGAGGUAGAAACCCAACGGAAUGGAAUCAAGGUUGUCUUUGAUCUGGAUGGCUGGCAUUUUUCUCAUGCUUUUCAAAUUACCCCAACUGUAGCCAAGAAGAUUGCUGCUGUUCUUACAGAUUCCUUUCCAUUAAAAGUUCGUGGCAUCCACUUGAUAAAUGCACCGAUAAUUUUUCAUGCUGUCUUUUCCAUGAUUAAACCAUUCCUGACUGACAAAAUUAAGGAACGGAUUCAUAUGCAUGGGGCCAAUUACAAACAAAGCUUACUUCAGCAUUUCCCAGACAUUCUUCCUCUGGAAUAUGGUGGUGAAGGAUUCUCCAUGGAAGACAUUUGUCAAGAGUGGACACAUUUUGUAAUGAAGUCUGAAAAUUAUCUCAGCAGUAUUUCUCAGACCACUUAAUGAGAAGUUAUUUAAUGUGAGUGCCUUGAGUACCUUCCUAAUUAAAAAUACAUAAAUAAGAUCAUACCUGGUAACAUGAAUGAAAGAAGAAAAGUCUUUUUUAUCUCAUUAAUGCUUGUCUGGCUGAUCUUUUGUGAUAUGAGCAACAUAUGUAUUUAGGAAACUACUUUUUAAAUGCAUUUACCUUUGAAGUAAUUAAAUGUUAAUAUACUUAAAAGCAUAGAAGAGAUAUACUGAUUUUUACACUUGAAAGUUAUCUGUAAAGUAGCUAUUCAUUUGUACCUUUGUAUGUUUCCAGAAACUUUUGUUUCAAAUAGUUUGUCUGAGUACAUUUGUUCAGGAACAAAUGUAUAAAUAGUCCAUUAAAAAGAAUUAUUAGUACAACUCAACUGAUGAUAAAAAUCUCUUAAUACUCAUUUUGGGUGGGUGUCAGAUUAGAUUAUAAUUCAGAUUAAAAUCUGAAUAUGGUUUUACUGUAUUUACUUUUCUGUGAGCCAGCAAGACAGUUCAUCUCAGGGAAAUUCUAUUUUAGCAUAUUUGCACAAUAGAAACUCUUGAUGGCAGAGUCUAUAUAUCAUAAAUUAUUGUGUGUAGCAUCUGUGGGCCUCUGUGAAAUAACUGCUGAUACAAUUUUGAAAAUAUUUCAGGCAGAGUUAAUGACUUCUUAAUACUGUGUCUGUCUGCAUUUUUAUACAAAUCAAGAAUGUAAUUUUGACUUCUGUUUUUGGUGAUUCUUAUCAUGAUUGCAUAGAUAUUUAGAGACAGAACAAUGGUUGUAUGUAUGGACUCUCUUUUUAGUGGAACAAUAACAUGACAACAAAAGGAAAAUCAUAUGUCUCCAUUUUUUAAAUCACUGUCACAUACAUCUGGAAUUUUGAGGAUUAUGCAUGAAAUGAUUUGAAUUUUAUUAUCAUCGCAGAAUAUUCAAGCCAAAUCCUAUAAUUCACAUUUACUUAAAAAAAUCAGUAGUAGAAAUAUGAUGUUUGUACUGUAGCUUAUAACAGAAUAUUUCAUUUAUUGAGAAAUAUGAAGGUAUGGCUUUCAAUUUGUGACAGUUCUUAUAGUGUUUUAUAAUUUUCAAUUUUAUUUUAACUUCAAAAAUUAAAGAAAAUACUGAAAAAUUUGUUAGACAUUUGCUCAACUUAGUUGGGUUUCUACAUAAAUCAUACAAUAGUAUCUUUGUGAAAGAGUAUGUGAAGGAUGUUUUUCUUUAUAAGAAAAUUAUUCUAAUUAGGUGAGCUGAUAUUUAUUUUCUGCACAUAUAUCUAUGAUAAAAUUGAGAGCAAUUGUGAAUGUUCUUUAAAGAAUGUGUUUUAUUUUGAUUUAGCAUUGGGAAAUCUGAUUUUACAUUACAAUUUUUAUGAAAAAUUAGAUGGUGCCUGUUUUCUAAAGAAAAAGUUUUUCUUUUUUACAAUAAAACCAUUUUAAAAGAGUAAACAAUAACAACAAAAAGCUCUGGUUUACCCAGCUUUUAUUCCUAGAAGGAGAUUCACAUAGCAAAGUAUCUUUUCAUUUAUGCUGGGUUACUUAACACACUGCCGCAUGGCUCUGUAAAAGAAUGAUUAUGUUAGCACGUGAAUAAUGGACAACAUUUAAGAAUGUCUUUUAAAUGUGAUUCAGUAGUGAUGUUAUUAGCAGUAAAUAGAAAUAAGUCAAUCAGGAGAAGGGCGUUUUAUUCUGGGACCUUGAAAUUUUUACAAAAUGCAGCAAUUCACCGAAGAACAUUAGAAGAACAGUGUGAAAUGAGCAGGCAGUUUUGUGAGGUGGCACCAGAAGUGCCCUUUGAAGAUUGUCUCUACCACGUGCUCAUUGUGUUACUGAACUGCAUAAUAAUUUAUGUUUUAAUACUGUUCAAAAGAAAAUAAAGAUUUUUCACAUAAA